GAGGUGCGCGCGGUCGCUGUCCCCGCCCGCUGCCCGGCGGUCACGUGACCGUUCGGCGGGGCCGGGGCGCGCGCGCUCCCGCGGGCGGCAAGAGGCGGCGGCGGCGCGAGGUCCCGCGCGGGCCGCUUCCCCCCCCGCCCCGCGGCCCCAUCCCGGUCCCGCCCCGCCGCGAUGUCGGAGGAAAAGCCCAAGGAAGGCGUGAAAACCGAGAACGACCACAUCAACCUGAAGGUGGCGGGGCAGGACGGCUCGGUGGUGCAGUUCAAGAUCAAGCGGCACACGCCGCUCAGCAAGCUCAUGAAGGCCUACUGCGAGCGGCAGGGCUUGUCGAUGAGGCAGAUCCGAUUCCGGUUUGACGGACAGCCGAUUAACGAAGCAGACACCCCCGCACAGCUGGAGAUGGAAGAUGAAGACACCAUUGAUGUGUUCCAACAACAGACAGGAGGAGUGUGCUAAGACAUGCUGUCCUUUGGAGAAGAGGAAUUUAAGGAUCCUCAUCCCCCCCACCUCACUCUCUCAUCUCUCCUUGGAUUUGCUACAAAACAGUAAACAAAUGAACAUGCCGAUCACACGGAUUGUUCUCAACCUUAGAGGACGUUUACCAGAAUUGCUUGUUAUCCGUGCCGUGCUGCGUGUGCAAAGUCCAACAGGAUCUGCAGGGAUUGUGUCUGGAAUUGGGCCGAUUUGAUUUACGUUCCGAUUAAGUGAUACGCGGUGUCUCUCUCUAGUUAUCUUUUCUGUUGGCUUUUUAUUUUGGGUUUUUUUUUUUUUUUUUUUACUAUAAACCUGUGGCCUAAAUCUUUAUCCGCGUAUUAGGACACGGGGUGUUCAUUCCUGGCUCUUGUCCUGCCUCUCUGUUCAAUUCUAAUCAUGUAAAUAAUUCCAUGUAUUCCCAUGCCAGCUGUGAGUGUCAAGAUUGCCUUUUCAGGUUUGCCCAGGAGAAGGAAGAGAGAUGCUUAUUUGCAGUUUUUAGCACGUGGUGCAAAGGCAGUCGCUUCCGAAGCUUUACACCUACGACACACAGCAGGUACAUGCGGAUGCGAUGCUUGGUAGGGAGUCGGAGUUUGAAACCUUGCGGAUUUACCUGUGCUUUGUCAUGGUAUGAUGAAGUCAUCUGAAAUAUACUUUUUUA